AUUUGGUUAGGAGCUUCAGAAAGAGAUGAUGAAGCAACGGUCUGUCAUUUCAGAUUCAUUCUGAGUCUAAAAGUGGGAGCUGCUGAUCUGACAACAUGGCGACGAGAGCACCUGGCUUGAUGAGACGGAAAAGGAGCUAUGAAUUCCUGCCACCUGAGUUGUCUGAAGUAAGGCUUGUUCUCUUGGGAGACAGUUGGUCAGAAAAGAGCUCAGUCGGAAACUUGAUCCUGGGAAUGACUGGAUUUAUUUCAAGGGAAGAACCAAACUCCUCAACAAGAUUCCAAAAACCUAUUAAGGAAAAGAAGCUGGUUGUCAUUAACACACCAAAUCUGCUUCAUCCUAUGAUAUCUGAAGAAAAACUAAAAGGACAAGUAGAUUCCUGUUUGAGACUUUGUGUCUCUGCUCCUCAUCUGUUCCUGCUGGUUGUGCAGCCAGAAAACUUUAAAGAGGAACAGAAAAAGAGGUUCUUCAAAAUUCUUGAACUCUUUGGUAAUCAGUCAUUUGAUCAUGCCCUGGUUCUGAUAUCAACAUCUAAGCAAAAUGUUCCAAGCUUAAAUCAAGCCUUUCAGGAUCUGAUCAGAAAAUGCAGAGACAACUCAUUCAUUCUGAAGGACGGUGAACGUGAAGAUUUGCUCGAGAAAAUCAGUAACAUUCUACAGAAGAGAAAAGAAGAACAAUCAGACUCUCAACAAUCUGGAAAGACUCAACAGAGAGCAGCUUCCUCAUUUUCUGGUGCUACCCCUGGUCCUGGACGUGGUCUCAGGAUUAUGCUCUUUGGAUCAACACUGUCAACCAAGAAACAACUCUGUAACUUUAUCUUGGAGAAAACAAGUCCAGAGAUUUCAUCCACAUCUCAUCAAGCCAAACUGGUUGAGCAGGGGUCAUGGAAGGGAAAGAUCUUAACUAUUGUAACACCUCCAGAAAAUCAGAUGGGAAAAGUCCAAAAAGGAGACCUGAGAAGCUGUGUUAAUCUUUGUCGUCCUGGACCAAAUGUUCUGCUGCUCUUAGUGAAUCCUUCAGACUUUACAGAGAAGGACAGACAGACCCUGAAAGCCACCCUGAGUUUGUUCGGUGAAGAGGCCUUUAAACACUCAAUGGUCAUCAUAACUAAAGAAGGAAAUGAAAGCAGUUUUCCUCUAAAUUCACUAAUCAGAGAAUGUGAGAGUAGAAAAUACAACCUGUCCGAAAAUAAUCACCAGAAGUUAAUGGAGAAGAUUGAAGAUAUCGUGAAAAGGGACAGCAGUGCCUUCCUUAGCAUCAAAGAGGAUGGAGCAGCAUCAACAAGGGACCAGUCACAACCAUCCUUAAACCUGGUUCUAUUUGGGAGGAGAGGAGCAGGGAAAACCUCAGCAGCCAAGGCCAUUCUAGGUCAGACAGAUCUUCCUUCAGCUUCCAGCUCAUCAGAGUGUGUUAGAAACCAGGGAGAGGUUCGUGGACGUUGGGUUUCUCUGGUGGAAAUGCCUGCCUUGUAUGGAAAAGCUCAGCAGGAAGUGAUGGAGGAAUCAUUCAGGUGUAUCUCCCUCUGUGAUCCUGUGGGUGUCCACGCCUUCAUCCUGGUCCUACCUGUGGGUCCCCUCACUGAUGAAGACAAGGGAGAGUUACAGACCAUCCAGGACACAUUCAGCUCUAGAGUCAAUGAAAACACAAUGAUUCUAUUCACUACAGAUUUAGAUCCUGAACAUCCAGAUGUGGUCAAGUGUCUUAAAAAAGAUAAAAACAUCAAAGAGCUUAUCAAGAAAUGUGGAAAAAGAAGCAUUGUCAUAAAAAACAGUGAUAGGAAGCAGUUCUCUAAUGUAACAGAUUUUGUUGAAAAAAAGACACAAAGUUGCUACACAAUACGGACCCUCUUUAAAGCUUUCUUGGAUAAAAUCCUAAAACAGGAGAAAACAAUCACUAAACAACAGAGCCAACUUUCCAGUUUGUCAUCACAGGCUGGGUUCAAAGGAGAUAAAGACAAGUGGAUAAAUGAUCAUUCUGAGAAUGGCCUUAGGAUUGUUCUGAUUGGGAAGACUGGUUGUGGAAAGAGCUCUUCAGGAAACACUAUCCUGGGUAGAACCGAGUUUAAAGCUGACGUAAGCCAAAUGUCAGUCACAAAGUGCUGUCAGAAAUCCCUGGGUGAGGUAGAAGGUCGUCCUGUUGCUGUGGUGGACACUCCUGGCUUGUUUGACGACAGUUUAUCUCACGAAAAGGUGCGUCAAGAAUUACUGGAAUGUAUUAGCCUUCUGGCACCAGGUCCACACGUCUUCCUGGUAGUGGUACCAAUUGGAGGAAGAAUCACACCCGAGGAGAAAGAGACAUUAAAACUUAUUAAAGAAGGUUUUGGGCAGAAUUCUGAAAAGUACACCAUCAUGCUUUUUACCAGAGGAGACUUGCUGAAAGGUAAACAGUCCAUAGAAGAAUAUGUUGAAAAAAGCUGUGAUGUCUCCUUCAAAAAGAUUAUUGAUGACUGUGGGGGAUACCAUAUGUUUGACAACAAUGACACCCAAAACCGCAGACAGGUUAUAGAGCUGAUCAGAAAGAUUGACACCUUAGUGGCUAAAAAUGGAUGUUUUACCAAUGAUAUGCUGCAAGAGGCUGAAACAGCCAUACAAAACCAAAUUCAGCUAAUCCUGAAGGAGAAAGAAGAAGAAAUUGAGCAAGAAAAGAAGAAGCUGGAGGAAAGACACCAAAAGCAAAUGGAGGAAAUGGAAAGAAAAAUGAAAGAAGAAAAAACACAGAAAGAAAAGGAGUUGAAGGAGAAGGAGGAAAAAAUUAAGGAGAUAGAGAAAAAACUUCAACAGAGUGAGGAAGAAAAAAAGAAAGAACAAGAACAGAGGAAAAAAGAAGAAGCUAAAUGGAAGCGUGAAAGAGAGGCUUUGAUGGGAAACCAACCGAAAGGUAAUUUCAAAACUCCCGAGGCCUUGGAGAAGGAGAAGGAAACUUUAAGGCAGAAAUGGGAACAAGUUGACAAAAAGUGGAAAAUUGAAAAAGAUAAACUUGAAAAUGAUUAUGAAAGGGAAAAAGAAGAUUAUACAAAAAUGAUGGAGGAGGAAAGAAUAAGAAAAGAAAAGGAGGCCAUUUAUAAACAGCAAAUGCAGGAUGUAUUCAGGCAAGAUUUACAAAAAUUAACAGAAAAGUAUGAGGAGGAAGCCCGACAAAAGGCAGAAGAGCUUAAUGAGUUUAAAGAAAAAUAUUUGAAAGAAUUUACAGCCAUGAUGCUACAGAAGGAUGAAAAAUACAAUAUGCUAAAGGCUCUCAAAGAUAUGAAGGAAAACAAACACAGAAAGGAAAUUACUGAUGUGGUGAAAUGUGUGACCAGAAAAAGAGAGAAUGUGAAAAAACUGAAGGACAUGCUGUCAAAACAAGAAGAAGAGAUGAAAAAAGCCAAAAGUCAACAGGAAAUGACACAGCGGGGAGAAGAACACAACAAAGAGCUAAGUGAUCUGAUUCAGCAGCUUAUGGGUGAAACUGAUGUAAAGACUAGCUGCUUCAUUUCCUAAUAUAAGACGUCCAAACAUCACGAAUGGAACUUUUCAUCACCUUAACCCAGGCUUUCUCUUAUCGACAUUUGUACAGAAAUCUGUAGUCAAUGAAAACAACCUGCUGCUGAUAAAAAAAAACAUGCAAAAACUCUAUAGCAACAUUACUAUUGGUGAUUUCUUCUUAAAUGUUCAAUAUCUGGUGAAUAAAUAUUUCCAGGUGUUUUACAUUUUUUUGUCUAACAUCUGAAUUAGAAUAACUAUUAGUUUAACCAACGCUCCUACAGAAGGUCCAGCUCAUGAUACAGGUCUGCUGUUAUUGAAUUCAAUUCAUUCAAAUGUACUUUUAAAUCCUCAGGCGAAAUGGGGGUUAUUCUAACUAUUAGGUUUUUUCCAACAAGUUGUUUGGCACGUUAAUAGCUGUAGGAAGGAAAGAUAUUUUGUAGACAUCUGUCUUGUGUCAAAUCUGGAGAAGCCUUUGACUGAAGGAGGCAUAGUGAGCAACAAAAUCUUCUGAUUAAAUGGAGAACAAACAUACAAUAGCAGCCAUUCGAAAUACCCCUUCCCAGUCAAAUGCCAGCCGAAUGGCAGCCCACUUCCCUCCAACUCUCAGAAGAAUACCCUCCAACUCCCAGCCGCUGUCCUUCUCAAGGGCGUGCAUAUUUUUUUAU